UACGUGAGAUGGAAAACGUCAAAUUCACGUGUACUUAGUGUGAUCGUGCCGCGAUCAAUUUUGUAAACAAAUAAAAUAUACGGUUCAUUAGCUAUUUUGUGAUCAAGUGAAGCAACCAACUGUGCAAAUACUUUUUCUGAUAUUAUGCAAUCUCACGUUUGAUGUAAUCCCCAUACCAUUAUAUUUGUUUUUAAUCGUGGAUUUUAACCAGAAUGGCUGAGCAAAUGCAUUUCAAACUACUAUCUGGGGACGUUAUACCGAUGGUUGGAUUUGGGACAUGGACUGUUACAGGAUCCUCUGUCACCCCUAUAAUAGACCAUGCACUUGCAGCGGGUUACAGACUUUUUGAUACUGCUACAAUGUAUGGCAAUGAGGCAGAAUUAGGAAGAGCAUUUAAAGAAUUACUACCUAAACAUAAUUUGGAGAGAAAGGAUAUAUUCAUUGCCACAAAGCUUUAUCCCGAUGAUCAUGGAGAAAAUGCUGCUAAAGCAAUAAACGAAUCUUUGAAACUCCUUGAUUGCGAAUACAUUGAUUUGUAUCUCAUACAUUGGCCAGGCGUCUAUGGGGUUAGCCCCAAAAGCCCUGAGAAUGCUAGAUUAAGGGAUAUAAGUUGGCAAAAAAUGACUGAAGCAGUGAAAAAAGGGCUCGUUAAGAAUAUCGGUGUGUCAAAUUAUAAUGUGAAACAAUUGAAACAGUUAUUGCAGAAUGACCACGGCAUCAAACCAGUUGUAAAUCAGGUUGAGAGGCAUCCGCAUUGCCGCCAAAAAGAGAUUCUUGAAUUAUGCAAUAAAGAAGAAAUUUGCCUGCAGGCAUAUAUGCCACUUGGUGGGACUGGCAACAAAGAUUUGCUUGAAAAUGCAAAAGUGAAAAAGAUAGCUGAUAAACUUGGUAAAAGACCAGCACAGGUUCUGCUUCGAUGGAAUCUUCAACAGAAUGUUGCAGUGAUCCCCAAAUCUUCUUCAAAAGAACAUAUUUUCAAUAAUUUUGACCUGAAUUUCAUUUUACCCGAUGAGGACAUGGAAGUGCUGAAUACAUUCCCACAAACCAAAUAUGACUGGGAUCCUGAUUCUAUAGCUUAGUGUACUUCAAUUUUAAUAUAAUGUAAUUGGUAAAUAAGUACUUAUGUAUAAAGGUGUACAGGGUUUACUAAAACGAGAAUGUUGAUCAAUGAAAUAAAUUAUAUUUUAUUA